AUGGGUCGUCUACGCCCAAACACUGUUGCCUCACAGACCCUGCGCGCGACGUCGCGUCCGCCCGCGAGCCGCCCCGUUGGCACCACUCCCAAGAGACGGAGUGUGGUGGGUGGGGACGUCGUGCUCGAGCAUGACGGGGAGAAAGUCACAUACAAACUCCUAAGUGGCAUCGACACAUUCCUGCACUAUGUUAUCGAACGCCAUAAAGCCUUCGAGAGGCGAUAUGCUGGCAAGCUUGGCCCCUGGACGGACGACCCCAUUCUCCAGAUGGCGCGGUUUACGAACAACUUUCGAAUACUCGACAAGGAUACUCAGUAUAUCUUGGUCGCUGUCAUUCCCGGAGGGUCUUCCAACUUCAAGGAAUGUGUCUUCCGUGUCUUGUUAUUCCGGCUCUUCGAUCGCAUCGAGACGUACGAGUUCCUCCGCGACGAAGUGGGCCCACUUACGUGGAAGGGAUUCAACCGCGAAGCCUACGUUGAGGCACUCGAUCGAAGGGUUGCUGCAAGAUACAGCAUUGUUGGACACGCAUACCAGAUGCCCUCACCAACGCCUAAGACGAUUGGGGGUGCCUCGCACCACGACCGUAUCCUUCGCCUCUUGGAGCUCAUGAUGCUCUCCGGUUUUGCCGACGACCUUAGCGAGUGCUAUGAGCUCUGCGAUAUGCAGGCAAAGAUUGCGCUUUACCCGAGUAUGAGGGCAUUUCUUGGGUAUCAAGUCAUUCUCGACCUCAACAUGAUUCCGGCGCUCAUGGUACCCGAGGACUGGGCACUUCCUGGUCCUGGUGCGGUGAGCGGACUGAGGAUGAUCCUAGGGAAGAGUCUUCGUGGCGAGCACAUCGGGCCUGCGCUGUCGUGGAUGCAUGAGCACUUCGACGAGCUCGCUUUCGCUGCCGGUUAUACCAAGAAGGAUAUACCCGCAUUGAAGCCAAGCAUGCCCGGGCUAUCGAUUGUUGACAUCGAACAUGUUCUCUGCGAGUUCUCGAAAUACGUCAAGAUCAAGUCGCCCGCGAGCUACAACUACAGGUCUUUCGGACUGCAUAUGGCAAACCCAAAAGUCACCCGCAUACUCCCCAAAAACUGGAAGCUCGCUCGCAUUGCAUUCAUGGAGAGGAACCGUAAAUACACCAACCCACACGCUAGUAAGAGCGGGGAGUUCGUGGUUUCGGCUAUCCUCGACAAGGGCAUGUGCGAACGAGCGCUUCACUACAAGAUUCGUUGGGAGGGCUGGGGCCCUGACGCUGAUACUUGGGAACCUGCGGCGAAGCUCGCUGAGGAGGUACCCGACAUGGUCAAAACUUUCGAGAAAAAGCUUGCUGUAAUUGAAGAUUUGUUGAAGAAAUACCGCUUGAACAAGCUCUAA